GAAGAUUGUAAACACGAGGAUCUUCUUGCGAUUAUGAAAAUUUUAUAGUUAGCAGAUUUCAAGCGUGUGUGGUCAAUAUUAUCAUUUAUAAAAUAAUCGAAACAAUAAUUUUCUCAAUAUAAAAUAAACAAAUACACUGUUAUAAUGGGUAAAGCCAAGAAGAAAUCACAUCCGAAAAAGCGUACUGCUGCUUUCAAGGAGAAGGAAGCAAGUGAAUUGGUUGAUGCGCCACAUUCUUUUAUUAUACAUCGUGGUCUUUCCUGUCCCUAUAUAACCGACUUAACUUUGGAUUUUCGUAAAAUAAUGGAACCAUUUACGGCAUCCCAGUUGAAGGAAAAGAAAAUGAAUCGCAUUAAAGAUUUUGUGACAAUGAGUGGUUACUUCCAUGUCUCCCAUAUGGGCAUAUUUAAUAAGGCCACAUCCCAGUUGUCUUUUAAAAUAGUGCGCAUGCCGCGUGGUCCAACGUUAACUUUUAAGGUACACCAAUUCACAUUGGCGCGCGACGUGCUCUCGACCAGCAAACGGCAAUAUGUGGAUGAUGACAUGUUUAAAAGUUCGCCGCUGGUUAUCAUGAAUAAUUUCACAGGUGAUGGCAAACAUUUGAAGCUAAUGGCCAGUACGUUCCAAAAUAUGUUCCCUGCUAUAAAUUUGGCGCAGGUAAAUAUAGCCACAAUUCGGCGAUGUGUGCUAUUCUCGUAUACGCGCGACACAAAUUUAAUCGAAAUGCGCCAUUAUUCAGUGCAAGUAGUUCCUGUUGGUUUGACGCGUGGCGUUAAGAAGCUUGUUAUGGGAAAAAUUCCAAAUUUAUCUAAAUGCGAAGAUAUCGCUGAUUUCAUAAUGCAAGACGGUGCUGCUUCAGAAUCUGAAAUGGAAGACGAUGAACAUGCGCAGGUCGUACUGCCACAAACACUGAAACGCAAAGGUAACUUAGAAGACAAUAAGUCGGCAGUUCGUUUGUAUGAAAUCGGACCACGUCUAACAAUGCAGCUGAUGAAAAUCGAGGAAGGUCUGUUGACUGGCGAAGUACUUUUCCACGACCAUAUAGUCAAGACGGAGGAUGAAAAGGANGCUUUGCGUAAAAUGGUAGAGAAGAAACGCAAACUCAAAGAGUAUCGCAAAAAGGUGCAGGAAGACAAUCGAGCGCGUAAUAUACGCACGAAAGAGGAAGCAACAGGAAAACAUAAGAAACCUAAACUCGAAGCAGCAGCUAUUGGAGAUGAAGCGAAAGAGGAUAGCGAACCUGAAAAUGAUGCUGCAUAUUAUAAAGAGGAAGUUGGCGAAGAGCCUGAUGAAGAGCUUUUCAGGGCUGAAAGUAAAUCGCGAAAGCGAGGCAGCCUGCCGACGGGCAUGAAGUUUAAGAAUAAGAAACUGAAAAAAGCGCAAGACAAGAAGAAGUGAUACAUUACAAUAAAUACAAAAAAUGUUAAUUGUACUAAAGAAAA